GUUGCAUUUAAAAUGUGAAGCUGUCACCUUGGCGCGGCCCAAGCCCCGGCCAAGCCCGAGCCAACCCCUCAUGACUUCCCUCCCACACCUCCAAGGCGCCUUAGCGGUGCUUCUCUCACUUGCCCUUGCCGCCGCCUCCCCGUGCUCGGCACAUCUCCGGCACUGAGGCGGGAUCCUCGCCUCCCCGUGGCUUGGCAUGCGUUCGUGACCUUGCAAAUCUCCUUACCACAAAGCAUAUCAUGGGUGUUUGUUUUCCCUCCCCUCCCGCCGGGUCUGGUUCUUGCACCGCACAACGUCCUGGGCAAGGCCGUCUCCACCCCCGCAAACCGCAGCGUUAUCCCCGUCUCCCCGCCAUGUGAUCUUGUGCUGGGUGCUUUGCGCUGACCUUGGCGCGGGGUCAGGCCAAUGUCUAUCAGGCUUCGCGCUACCCCAGGUGGGGGAAGAGGAGUGGGUGAUGCUUGGCGAUAGUUGCUCCUCACGUCUGAUAGCAUGGGUUGCGAGCUGGUGGGUGACAUAUAUACCCUGGCUUGGAGGCGCUGUGGCGGUGAUAUGGAGGGUAUUCCUCUGAGACCACCUCCCUUCCUCCUCGCUCGUCCCCAGCCCGGCGCAGGUCUUCGGUUCUUCUGCAGACUGCCAGUUGCCGUUUGAACGGUCUUUUUCCCCGGACACAGAUUGCUUUCGUUUCACAGCUUUCGGCAUGGGCUUUCUCCACGCCAAGGGGACUACCGAUCCUCCGGAAGUCCGUAACUGGACUAUCCAUUGGGUUGCUCUGGUCGCCUCUUGUGCUGCCCUGGCCAUGGGAUACGACACGGCCGUCAUCGGCGGCACCAUGGCCCUGGACUCGUUCAAACGGGACUUUGGACUCGAGUCGGCCCUUCCGCACGUCCGCGAUGCCACGCAGGCCGACAUAAUAUCCACCUUCCACGUCGGCUGCUUCUUCGGCGCCCUGCUAACCUUCCCCAUCGCCGAGGCCAUCGGGCGCCGCAAGGCCAUCCUGAUGGCGGCCAUCGUCUUCAUGGUUGGCGGGUCCAUGAUGGCGGCCGCGCAGGGCAGCACGGCCGUCAUCAUCGCGGGGCGGGCCAUCGGCGGGCUCGGCAUCGGCUCGGCGUCGCUCGUGGUGCCCGUCUACAUCGCCGAGACGUCGCCGCCCAGCGUGCGCGGGCGGCUCGUCGGCAUCUUCGAGGUGGCCAGCCAGAGCGGCUCCAUGCUGGGCUUCUGGAUCAACUACGCGACCGACCGUACCAUCGACGUGCGCAACAAGGCCCAGUGGGUCGUGCCGCUGGCCCUGCAGCUGCUGCCCGUCGUGGUCCUGGCCGCCGGCAUCUUCUUCUGCCCCGAGUCCCCCCGCUGGCUGGCCCGGGGCGACCGCUUCGACGAGGCCGAGCAGGUGCUCGUGUACCUGCGCCACCUGCCGGCCGACCACGAGUACAUCCGCAACGAGAUGGCCGAGAUCCGCGCCCAGGUCGAGGAGCGCAGCACGACGCACCUGAGCCGCAAGGACCAGUUCCGCAAGCUCGUGGCCCCGGGGACCCGCAACCGCGUCGCCAUCGGCGCCGCCCUCAUGUUCCUGCAGUCCUUCACUGGCGUCAACAUCAUGACCUACUACAGCCCGCGCAUCUUUGAGACGCUCGGCAUCACGGGGACCACCACCAAGCUCUUCAGCACCGGCAUCUACGGCGUCGCCAAGAUGCUGGGCAUGGUCGCCUUCACCGUCUUCGUUGUCGAGGGCGUCGGCCGCCGCAAGGGGCUAAUCUGGGGCUCGGCCCUCGGCUGCAUCCCGCUCUUCUACGUCGGCGGCUACGUCAUGAAGGCCGACCCGCUCGCCCGCGCCGGCUCGGGCGACAUCCAGCAGGACGGCUGGGGCUACCUGGCCAUGGUGGCCAUCUACGUCAACGCCUUCAUCAUCUGCGCCACCUGGCAGGGCAUCACGUGGACCUACGCCGCCGAGAUCUUCCCGCUCGACAUCCGCAUGCUCUGCGUCGCCCUGACCACGGCCACCACGUGGCUGGGCUCCUUCGUCGUCGGCCGCGCCACCCCCUAUAUGAUCACGGAUUUGGGCUACGGCACCUACUUUAUGUUUGGCAGCUUUGUCGUCGUCAUGGGCAUCUGGGCCUUCUUCUUUGUGCCCGAGACAAGAGGUAUCAUGCUGGAAGGCAUGGACGCCCUCUUCUCGAAGCCGAUGCACGUCACCGUUUGGAACCAGAUCCGCGGCCGUCCCGUGGUCGAGGAGGCCGAGGCCAACGACGCGAGGUCCGUGGCCGACUCGAUUGAGAAGAAGAAGCCCGAUGUCGCCCAUGUUGCAUAGCAGGACUCGGGUACUGUUGCUAGGGUGAGCGGGUGGUGAGGACAUAUAUGGCGUGGCCUUUAUGCACACAAGAACCGCGUUAUACUGCUGGCUACGAUUGGAUUGGGAGCAGGGUGCAUAUAGCGAAAGCAUAUAUGGGGGAUCAUAUGACGACAAUGUAUUUCAUCAAAGACAAGACCUAAAUGCAUACAAAAAGACUGUCGUUAUCCAUUCGACCAAACAAACACCCCCAACAGGCCCCUUAUAGCCCAC